UUGAGACCCAACCUCCUCACAGCUGUACAUAGCUGUCCGAUCUCUUCCCAUGUGACCCCACUGCCACAUUUUUUAGAUAAUUUCAGAAAUUUUUUAGUUCAUAGAUUUAAUGGUGUCACCUUAUGAUAUAUUCUUUCACAUUACACAAAAAAUUUCACCCUCUUGGUGAUGAUUUUUAGUGUUCUUGAAACCAAGAACAAUACAUUGUGUCCAUAAUUGGAAGGUUUCUUGAUUUUCUUGGUUUUAGUUUCUUGAUUCUUGAAAUUACACUAUCAAGGUUUCUUGAUUUUCUUGAUUUCGCUUUCUUGAAUCAUUAUUGAUAACAGUCUCAAAUCUGGCCACGAUAUCGGGCUUGAUAGAUAUAUUGUUUGUUUUUGAGCUUCUAUUUAACUUUCUUGAAUCUUGAAACACUAGGGUUUCUUGAGUUUGUUUUCUAACUUUCUUGAAUCUUGAAAUAUAAGCUUUCUUGAAAUUGUAUUAUUUGUUUCUUGAGUUUCUUUGUUACUUUCUUGAAUCUUGAAACAUUGUUUUUUCUUGGGUUUUUUUUCCUUCAACUUUCUUGAAUUAUUAAGAUUGUUGAAGUUUUUCAUUAUUUGUGUCAUUUAGAGGUGUUAAAUUGGGAUUAUAAUUUUUAUAUAGAGAUAUUUUUGUAACACUACUAAAUGGCACAAUUACCACCAAAAAUUCCAAACAUGCAACCAACAUGGCCAGACUUUUCCCAUCUUCAAAAAUUGCCUUCUAUGGGAGCUAACAACAAUGCUGUUUCCACCGCGGCCGCCGCAGCCGCAGCCGCUCAGAACCCGUCAUGGGUAGAUGAAUUCCUCGACUUCUCGUCGGCCAGACGUGGAAAUCACCGGCGGUCAGUGAGCGACUCAAUUGCAUUUCUUGAAGCGCCAUUGAUAGAAGAAUGUCGUGCCACUGGUGCAGUACCUCACCACCACCACCACCACCAUAGCUCCGGCCAUAAUAGCAGCAGUGACUUUGAUAAAUUUGACGACGAACAAUUCAUGUCCAUGUUCACCGAUGAUAUAUCCAAUGCGGUAGCUGCACCAUCUUGCUCCAACCCUUCAACGCCGUCCGAUCACAACAGCAUUAAUGAUGAGAAAGAACCAACGCCCUCCGAUCAAAAACAGCAUAAUAAUGUACGAAAUGAGUCCGACGAGGUUCAAAGUCAAUGCGAAACGGAUUCACAAAAUCCAUCGAAUAAUAAUUCCGGUGAUCGGAUAUUUGAUCCGAAAAGGGUCAAAAGAAUCUUGGCAAAUAGGCAAUCUGCACAAAGGUCACGGGUGAGGAAAUUGCAAUACAUAUCCGAGCUAGAACGAAGUGUCACCUCAUUGCAAGCUGAAGUUUCAGUUCUGUCACCAAGAGUUGCUUUUCUAGACCAUCAACGACUACUUUUGAACGUGGAUAAUAGUGCUUUGAAGCAAAGAAUUGCUGCCCUAGCUCAAGAUAAGAUUUUCAAAGAUGCUCAUCAAGAAGCAUUGAAGAGGGAAAUAGAGAGAUUAAGACAAGUUUAUCAUCAACAAAAUCUCAAGAAAAUGGAAAAUACUACAUUAUCACCAUCUCCAUCAACUGACCCACAACAAGCUCCUACUGAAAAAGAACAACAACUUCUCCAAGUUUAAUAACUCUCAUUAAAUUUACAUUAAUUUCUAGUAAGUUUUUUUUUUCUUUUUUCAAGCAUGGUAAAAAAAUAAAAAAAAUUAACCACUAAAAAAUUGACAUAAUCUAUAUGUCAAAAGAAAAAAAAAUCAUGCUUGAAAAUGAAAAAAUAAAUAAAAUUGACUGGAAAUUAAUGAAGGAGUAAUUAACAUUGAUUUUAUAAUUGAUAUACUAAUUAUAAAAUUAAAUAGUGCUCUCUGCUGUUAAAUCUGUACAUUCACGUGAUGUGUUCACAUCUGAUUGGGGGACCACUCAGCCUUACAUGAUUGGAGUUGCAGAGAAGAACAUGUUCAUGCAGCUGUGAUUUAAAUUGAAAAAAUUAAAAUUCAAGAGGAUGAAGAAGGGUGUGGGGUGGCUGAUUUCUAAUUUUUAUUUUAUUUUUUUGUUUAUUUUAGUCUGAUUUAUUCUUUUUAUAAAUCAGGAGGUUUAGUGGGUAUAUUGUCAGUUAAGCUGCAUGGGAUUUUUUUUAGAUGUAUGUCAGAUUAUUGUGCUUUUUUUCAGUGUUGUAAUGAUUUUCUUUUAUUUGUCAAAUUAUUUCCAAGAUAAAAAGGAGAAAAAGAAAAUGUAUAUAUAUCCAGUUUUAAUUGUAUAUAAAGAAAAUUUAUGGGAAUUAAUUUGGUUUUGUGUUUGAUUAA